GGAAGCCCUCGAGCAACAACAACUCCGCCAUACUUUGAAAACUUCAACGCUUUACAUAAGGCCACGAAUAAUGUUUUUUAACUGCACUCUGUUAUCACCGAGGGAUUAAGGGGUGAAAAUCACAAUUCCAGGCGGUUUUCACGACUAGUAGCCAGCGUCACGAUUUUCUUUGCGCAUACAUUGAAUGUCUCAGAAGAAGAUGGCUGCGCCUUGUAGACGGAUGGCGAGUCGGUCUCUCGUACAGUUUAUCUCCUGUUUUAGCAGGACAGCGGUCGGGAACACGGGCUUCCGUCCGUUCUCCUGCUCUUCUGUUCGUCGGGCGACUUUGGAGACCAAAAGUGUGCCAGAAAGAGCGCGUUCUCCGUGGUCUUUAACGGCAGCGGUGUGUCUGCAGCGGCUGCCGGUCAUCACAGCGGAUUACACCCCGAUGGAGCAGCUCUUCAGAGACAUGAUUCAGCAGGUGGAGCUGGAGAAAAGCUUGCUGUCAGAGCACGAGCUGCGUCUGCUGCAGGACGCUGAGAGACUGAGUCGCAAGCAGGCGGGCGACUAUGACUCAGACGAAGAGGACAACCACAAGGACCAGGAUAUCUUGUUGGCUCAGGACCUGGAAGACAUGUGGGAGCAGAAGCUGAAAGACUUCCAGCCAGCGCCGAGGGUCAUAGAUGAUGUAGAUAAGGACCUGACCUCACUGGAGCGCUGCCUGGCCAACUCGCUGACUCUUCUGGCUGAGCAGCAGGUCGCCGGUGAGAAGCUGUGGCUGCUGCCUCAGGCUCAGUGGCAGGAGGGAGAGACGCUGCGGCAGACGGCCGAGAGAGCCCUCGCUUCCUUGCCAGCUGAUUUCAAGGCGACUUUCCUCAGCAACGCCCCCUGCGGAGUCUACAAGUACAAACUGCCCAAAGCUGUUAGGACGGAGAGCUUGGUGGGAACAAAGGUGUUCUUCUUCAAAGCCAUUCUGUCAGACAGAGCUCACCCUGCAGCUCCAAACGCUUCUUUUCUGUGGCUGAAGAAAAGCGAACUGCAGAGCUUCCUGAAACCAGCGUACAUGAUGAAGGUUGAGCGCAUCGUCCUCCAACUGUGACACUUGAACACAGAACAGGGACACAGGCUUACAGAACAAUAUUUAUGAGGCCCAGAAAUGUAUCUGUCGUCUUAUAUCAUAAAAUGUUCUUUCACUCAAUUUAUGUGUUUAAUUGUAUAAAUAAAUAGUUUUUCCACACAAA